UUAUGUAUGUGGUCGUGUAGGCCGACAGGGUCUCAGAAUGCUUCCACAUCUCUAAGCCAAACCAAAAACCAAUGCAACUAUCUAACCUACACGCUCUGGGUGUUCGUCUUCCUCUUCUCAAAUUUUUUACACAGACUACACCCUUUCCAGAUCUUCUUAAAUCUCAAUUCUACAGCUUUUAAUUUCCACAGAUUUCCAAUCCCACCCCUCAGAUUCAAUUCCCAUUUUAAUUUCAAUUUCUAGGGUUUCACUAAUCACACCGGUGAGUGAAUGCAAAAAAGAAAAGAAAAGAAAACCUUCCUCUUCCAUCACUGUUUGAACAAGUUCGAAAUAUCCAUUCAACUGUCAUAGACUCCAGCGCCGAUCAGGUUAGCGAUUUGGGAAACGUAAUUGGGUUGCCGCUACAAAGCGUGUAAAGGGACAUCAAGAUGGAUAAAAGUUGGAUGCAUGAAACUGAUAGAACUAGUACACGAUAUAGUGAAGGUGUUAAACAGUUCAUUAACAUGGCACGUGGUCAUGCGGAUCGAGUUGGUAGGAUUAAUUGUCCAUGUCGUAAAUGCACAAAUCGAUAUUAUCAACAUAUAGACGCGGUGGAGACUCAUUUAAUUUUGAAUAGAUUUGAUUUGAAUUACACUGAAUGGAUAUUUCAUGGGGAAGAAGAUCCGUUUUAUAAACAUGUGCAAGUUGAGCAUAAUGAUAAUAAUUCACAAGCAGAAGACAUUGAUGACGUUGGAGAAAUGUUAGAUGACAUUUAUAGGGGGACAUUUCCAGAUGCAAAUAUAGGUGAAUCCUCCACUUCUCCAGGUCCAUCAAACAAUGAUCACAAAACAAGACUUUUUGAUCAGUUGUGGGAAGAUGCCCAAUGUGAGCUUUAUCCAGGUUGUAAAAAGUUUUCUAAACUCUCUUUUUGUAUGAAGCUGCUUCAUAUAAAGACACUUUGCAAUUGGAGUGAUAAGUCGUUUGAUUUGAUGAUUGACUUGAUAAAGCAGGCACUCCCAGAUGGGGAGUCAUUGCCAAAAUUGUAUUAUGAAGCGAAGCAGUUUAGGCGAGACUUGGGUUUUAGCUAUGAGUUGAUAUAUGUAUGCAAAAAUGUCUGUACACUUUUUUGGAAGGAACAUGCUGAUAAAGAAGAAUGCCCAAAAUGUCAUACUUCAAGAUGGAAAGAGGACAAUGGUAAAGGUAAAAAAAUUCCUUGGAAGGUCUUAAGGUAUUUUCCAAUUAAACCAAGGUUGCAGCAAUUGUUUAUGUCGAAAGAUAUAGCUAAAGACAUGAGGUGGCACAAAGAUGAGCGACUUGAAGAUGGAGAUUACCUUAGACAUCCUGCCGAUUCAAUAGUGUGGAAAGAGUUUGAUAAAAAAACAUGCUUGGUUUGCUGCAGAUUCCCGCAAUGUGCGACUUGGUUUAGCAAGCGAUGGGUUUAAUCCAUUUGGUAACAUGAGUACAUCAUAUAGCAUGUGGCCAGUAGUACUUAUGCCGUAUAAUUUACCUCCAUGGAGGUGUAUGAAGGAUCCAUAUAUGAUUUUGUCCUUACUUAUUCCUGGACGUAAGGCACCUGGAAACAAAAUUGAUGUGUACUUGCAGCCGUUGGUGGAUGAUUUAAAAGAAUUAUGGAAUGAAGGCAUCAAGACGUAUGACGCAUCAAAGCAACAUUCAUUUAAGUUGCAUGCAGCGUUAUUAUGGACUAUAAAUGAUUUUCCUGCAUAUGCGAACUUAUCUGGGUGGUCUACCAAGGGAAAGUUAGCAUGUCCCAUAUGUAACGAGAAUACAGAGUCGAGUUAUUUGAAGUCUAGCCACAAAUUGUGUUACAUGGGUCAUCAUCGAUUCUUACCUCAGGAGCAUAAUUGGCGCCAGAAAAAAGAAUUUUUUGAUGGAACUGAAGAGCAUAGGAUAGCUCCUAAUGAAUUAUCAGGAGAUCAACUGUUACAACAACUAUUGAAUGUUCCAAAAGUGCAAUUUGGAGAUGAUGAAGCUACAAGAAAAAGAAAGCGCACGAAGAUCGAGUUGAAUUGGACAAAGAAAAGUAUUUUUUUUGAGUUACCUUAUUGGUCAACACUGAAACUGAGACAUAACUUAGAUGUCAUGCAUAUUGAGAAGAAUAUAUGUGACAGUGUCUUAGGUACACUGAUGUAUGAUAGUGGAAAAGGGAAAAAUAAAGACGCUUCUAAAGCACGAAAGGAUUUAGAAGAUAUGGGCAUACGUAAAGAUUUACACUUACAGAAAAUUGGUACAUCUACAAAAAUGUCACAAGCAAAGUAUACAUUGACAAAAGCUGAGAAUACAAGAUUCUGUGAUUGGCUAAAAAAUGUAAAGUUUCCUGAUGGGUAUGCAUCUAACAUUAGUAGAUGUGUGAACACCAAUGAGGGUACGAUUUCAGGAAUGAAAAGUCAUGAUCUUCAUGUACUCUUACAACGAUUACUUCCUGUUGCAAUUCGUGGAUAUUUCAAUGAUAAUAUACGUACAACAUUGACUGAAUUGUGUUUAUUUUUUAAGGACUUGUGUUCACGAACAUUGAAGUUAGAUGUCUUAAAUCAAAUGAAGGAAGACAUUGUUGUGAUUUUAUGCAAAAUGGAAAUGAUAUUUCCACCUGCUUUUUUCGAUAUAAUGGUACAUCUAGCUCUUCAUUUACCUUGAGAGGCAGAGCUUGCAGGUCCUGUUCAAUUUCGUUGGAUGUAUCCAAUUGAAAGGUUUCUUGGUAAAUUAAAGCGAUUUGUACGAAACAGAGCACGUCCAGAAGGGUCAAUUGCUGAGGGAUAUUUAUCUAUUGAAUGUUUGACAUUUUGCUCCAUGUAUCUUCGUGAGAUUGAGACAGUAUGGAGUUGUGAGGAGCGAAAUAGCGAUAGGUGCCAGGGGGAAAGGGAUGUAAGCUUGUCUGUUUUUUCACAACCAGUACGUCCUUUAGGAGCAGCAAAAUAUGUAAGACUUGAUGAUAUGCAUCUCACACGGGCUCGAUGGUAUGUGCUUAGCAAUUGCUCAGAAAUUUAUUCGUACAAAACUGAGCAUUAUUUGAAGAUCCAGGGAGAAGGCAUCAUUGACAUUGAUCAUAAACAUGAAGUUGAAUUCGAAAAUUGGUUUAAAGAUCAUAUAUGUGGGAGUAAUGCAACAAAUGUGUCAAAAGAAUUAUAUAGUCUUGCAUGCGGAUCUGAUGCUCUAGUUGCAGUUUACCAAGGUUGCAUUGUGAAUGGUGUUAGGUUCCACACAAAAGACCGUGAACAUACUCGUCGUACUCAAAAUAGCGGUGUCUUUGUUUCGGGUGAAGAUGGUGGAACAAAAACUAACUAUUAUGGUGAGUUGAGGAAUGUUUUGGAGCUAACCUAUAUGGGCAAUAAUCGUGUAUAUUUAUUUGAGUGUGAUUGGUGGGACACUAGGGAUGGAACAGGAAUGCAAAGGGAUGAGCAUUGUACAAGUGUGAAUACAUCUCGUACAUGGUAUCAUUCUGACCCAUUUAUCCUAGCAUGCCAAGCUUCACAAGUUUUUUACUUGAAUGAUACCAAAUUGGGUAGUAGUUGGCGAGUGGUGCAACAUAUGACGCAUAGAAACAUGUAUGAUAUUCCUACAGACACAGAGAAAGUGCAUGAAGAAAAUGAAGAAGAUAAUGGUAAUGCGGUAUACCAAGAAAGUGAAUGCAUUGGGGUUAAUGCAACUGUUCAACAAGAAAAUGAUGAAGACUUAACUUUAUUACAUAGAGAUGGUGUGCCAGCAAUAGAUUUGGAGGACUUCAUACCUGUUGAUGAUGUAUAUGUGUAACUUGAUGAAAGUAUGUUCAUCAAUGAUGAUUUGUCUAAUGAGGAAUGGGAUACAGAUUCCAACAAUGAAGAAGAAACAUAUAGUGAUGACGAUGUUUCAAGCUCAGAUCAGGAAAAAGAUUUAUCUAGCAAUGAUGAAUCUAUUGGAGAUUUUAGGGAUGAAGAUUAAGUUGAGUUUUGAUGCAGGUUAAAAUGUCUCAUACCUUGGGCUACUGAUGAUGUUAAGGGGAGAUACUUUUCAUUGCAAAAUUGGUUGUAUAUCUUCUUAAGGAAUUUGUCAUUAUUUUAUUAUUAUUAGAGAGAGUAGAUUUGAAUUUAAAUUAUGUAUGUGAUAUAAAACUUGUGUAUUGUUUUUCCUUAUUAGUAGUUAUUGUUUGAGUAGUUGUUAUGCCUAUAUGAGUAUUUGUGAUUCAAAAUUUGUGAUGUGUGGAAAUAUGGUUUAUUAAAGUCGGAUUAUUAUGGUAGCAACCUAAUUGUCCUUAUCAUGAGUUCAUCUUUUUUGGCCCAAUUUAGAACUCCUGUUUAUAACAUGCAAAUAACACCUUGGCUUCUACAUCAUGGCAAUCCAUUUAGCUAAAUCUAAUUCACAAAUGGCCAGCGUGUGAUCCUUGUAAUAGAUCCAGCUGCUUGACCCACUCAUACUAUGAAACUUCCUGAUUUAUUUGCAAAAUAUACUGCACAUUUGUCUGGUAUUAAAGCAUAUUGUUUAUGUGUCAUUUUACAUUUUAACAAGUGCUUGCACUUUUGGAACUCAUUGGUAUGUUUGUUUGUUUGGAUAGGAGAUUGAGAAUGAGAAACUUAAGUUGGAACAUGUUUAGCUUUCAGAGGAGAAUAGUGGGUUAUGUGUGUAGAAUAAAAAAUUGGCUGAAGAGGCUUUUUUAAGCAAAAGAACUAGCUUCUGCUGUUGUUGUGGAGUUGAACAAUUUGGCUGGUGAAGUGUUAAAGCCCUCCAAUAUUUCGGUUUCGGGUCUUAUAGUCUUCAAAGGCUGUUAUGCUGAAAGUACCAAUGGUAGUUUGUCUUGAAGGCACAAACGUGAUUAGAAAAGAGCACGACUUCACUCUUUUGUUCAACUUCUAAGUCCAAGGCAUUUACCAGACACUAUGUGAAAGAAACAAAGUUUUUAUUUUUAUUUUUUAUAGAAGAAGAAACUAAACUCAAAGUUUGACACUUCAACUCUGAGGAGUGUCAAAGUUCUCAUCUUUCCUGGUUGUGUUAAAUUGAGGUACUUUUGAUGAUCUCUCUUCAUUUUACCUUCUGGGUAUUCCUUAAUUUUUGUAAACAAGUUGUGGGUAUCUUUGAAAAUUAGCAGCUGUUUCAUGGUUUAGUUGUGGGUCUCUGUGUCUUAGAGUUUCAUGGGUUUUGAAUGAUUUUUGGAGUUUUUGUGUGUUUUGGGUGUAACUGAUUGGUGAAUUGUAAAAAGGGUCUUAAUUUAAUUUGAGUUAUGGAGUACUUUUUAAAAGGAGACUAGUUUGGAAAUACUGAGAAAAUUGGAUAUGGAAUUUUAGCGAUUACUUUUCUUUUCUU